AUGGAGGUCGUGUCGGAGGACGGCGACAGCGUCCGGAUUGAUUGGGAUUCGUCGACCGUGAUCGGCAGACGGCUAGGGUUAGGGUUACGGCGGUCCUCAUCCGCCGACCGCACCGUCUCCCGCCGCCACCUCUCCUUGCGACUCGCCGGAUAUGACCGCGAGGUCGGUGGUUCUGUUGAUGGAGGGAGGGUCUUCUUUGAGGUAAUUGGGAGGAAUCCCGUCUUGGUCUGCAGCGGCGGAGGCGGAGAGAAGACGAGGGUGUUCCGGAAUUCGGAGAAGGGUGAGCUCCGAUCCGGUGAUCGAUUCUCUCUAUCCCUCACAAAUCCCUCAUUUUGGGUGCUCAAGAGGCGUCAAGAAGGGGAGGAAGCGGUGGAUCAGAGGGUCUUGGAUGCGGUGGAGAGGAGGGAGAGGAGGACCUCGGAGAGGAAGGCAAAAGUUGAGGCCAGAGGAAGUGAAGGAAAUGACGAAGCGGUUGGCGGGGAGCUGGAGUUAGAGUUGGGUGCAUUGGAUGUCUCCCAAAUCGAUCCUAUCAAAGAGUUUGGAUUCUUGGUAGAAGGCCAUGAGUUUGAUCAUUAUCCGAGGCACAAGAUCCGUCCGGCUAAGGAGUGGAAUUGGCUCCUCGAGGAGCAAGGAGGGAAUAGUGAUGACGACGACGACAGGCUGACUGAUGAAGGAUCUAGUCCGAAGAGGAACAAGGGUGGAAAGAAGAACAGAAGAGGUGGAGAUUAUGAGGAUGAGGAAUGGAUAGGAGAUCCAGGCUCUCUACUAGAUCUAAAGACCCAAAAAGGCCACGCAACGAUGAUCUAG